CUCAACCUCAUAUUUUCCUUCCGGCAAUGUCGCUGGAGCUGAACUCCUGCCGCCUGUCACAUCUUGUGUCGGGUUAACGAUGAUUCCUCCCCUUGUUUGGGCGUGCAUUGCCGCCUUCGCUCGGACAGCCCGCGGAGAUUAUGUAUCCACCAACUACCAAGAGUACAAUGACGGAGCGCUAGGACACCGUCCUCACUUGGAGUUUCACUCCAGCUCCGAAUAUGCACCCCUUCUACAGGUCAACAUAUGGGACCAGAGUGCCAUCUCUGAGAAAGGAUCCCAUAUAUUCAUCAAACAUGAUGGUAACGACUCCUCGCCACUCUCAUCGCCGCUCAUCUUGGAUGCCAACGACUUGAGUGCCGUCUACAUGAACCGGACCUUUAAGAAUGUGUUCGGUACCCGUGUGCAAGACAAUUUCGGCAAGAAGUAUUUGACUUUUUGGGAAGGUGAGAAAGGCGAUGGUAUAGGUGACGGCUAUGGGCUCGCCUACGACGACACCUACCGCUUGGUCUAUAAAAUAUGGGCACGAAACAUCAAAGUUCACAGCGACCUCCACGAAUUUGCAUUUACUGGGAACGGAACGGCUUUGGUCACAGGCGUCAACGCCAUCAACGCCCAUUCAUCAGAUUUCUUAGACAAAGGCUGGAUAACGCCCCCCAGAUUCGAGGUCCUGGAUUCCAUUUUCCAAGAGAUCGACCUUGAGACUAAUGAGGUGCUGUUCGACUGGCGGGCUCUUGAUCACAUUAACCCCAUGGACUCCUACGAGCCUAUGGGCAGAGGUUGGGAUGCGUAUCACAUGAACAGCAUUCAGAAGACCAAAGCAGGUAACUAUCUUAUCUCCAUCCGCCACCUGCACGCCGUCUACCUCAUCGACGGAAAAACGGGCGACAUCAUAUGGACCAUGGGCGGCAAACGCAACGAUUUCAAAGAGCUGCCCCGUGCCAAAGAAGCCGAGUCAGCCGCACCCCUGCUGUCAAUGCAGUGGCAGCAUCAUGCUCGCUUUGUCGAGGGAACCGACGAAACCCAAAUGACCUUAUUUGACAACCAUGUCAAGAUCACCUCUCACGGCGUCUGCGACACCGAUUGCUCGCGCGGCUUGCACAUCGCUAUCAACGACACUGCUUCACCCCCGACCGUCCAACUCCUACGCGAAUUCCAUCACCCAUCCCACCUUCAAGCUCAGAGCCAAGGCAGCAUGCAGCCCCUUUCGCCCUCUGCUGAUGAUCUGGGCAACGUAUUUAUUGGCUGGGGCCGGUGUCCCACGUUUACAGAGCACAACUCAUCGGGUGAGACAGUCAUGGACGUGCAGUUUUCGCCGUGGCACAGUGACAACAUCCCCGAUGCGCUAGACAACUACCGCGCCUAUAAGAUGGACUGGUCAGCUACACCCUGGUGGGACCCUGCCAUCGCACCACGGAAAAAUGAGAACGGCGAAUUGGUCAUGUACGUUAGCUGGAACGGAGCGACCGAGGUGGCAAACUGGGUUAUCCGGGGAGCAGCCAGCGACGAUGUCGACGAAGAGGGCGAAAUAAUAGCCGCAUCACGCCGGACAGGCUUUGAAACCAAGUUGACAGUUGGCGAGACCGAUUGGCGCUACAUCUGGGCCGAAGCCUUGGACAAUCAGGGAAAUGUCCUUCGAUGGUCUGAAGUCGUGGACCUUGACACAGCGGAACUAUCAGUUGCUCAUGACGCCUACGAUGAGCCCGAUUCCACCUUCAUCCCUUCGGAGGAGACCCCCUCUGGAUUGUCGAUAAAUACAGUGGUAUUCUUGGCGAGCGGGUUGACCGUUGUUGUGCUGGUGACGAUUGGAGCGGGAGUUAUGUGGUGGCGCAGGCGCAAGGUGUAUAAUAGCCUGGAAGCAGAGGACUUUGAUCUUGCUUCGGAUGACGGCUUUGAUGAGCAUGAUGACUAUGACGAGGAGGCCGGUGAUAAGGAUGCUGAUGUUGAUCAUCACUCCAGAGAUGAGGACCGCCGCGCUCUGAUUCCCAAGACAGAGCAGAGGAACAUGAGUAGCGUGUAGGCUAUCACCUACUUUAUAUUGUAAAUAGAUUCAUAAUCGACCUUCUACUUGUAUUUCGAG